GGACCGACCUCAUCCAGCGCCGAAUUCCCCUCCAUUCAUCACAGACGGGCUUUUCUAAUUUCCAGCCCCGUCCUUGACAGUUUCCUUUCCCUGUUGAUCGCCUUCUCCCCGCAUCAUGGCCGCCGACCUCUCCAGCUCGAGGGAGCUGUAUGAAUCUGGACUGACUGUCCACUCAGAUUCUGAGAAUUAUUCGGCCAAUCAUGACAUCUCCGGCUCUCAGUCAUCCUCCUCGAGCUCCCCCUUGAUCCUCUACAAGCCCCCAACCAUCUGGAGUAUCCUGCGGGGAGCUGCCAUUAACCUCGUUCUCCCAUUCGUGAAUGGGUUGAUGCUGGGAUUUGGCGAGUUGUUUGCACAUGAAGCCGCCUAUCGACUCGGCUGGUCCGGGACAAAGGUCUUCCCUAUGCAUCGGCGUUCGAGACCUGUCGGGCCCGGAAUCGAGGUGCGAGACAUCCCGUCGCAACGGAGGGGGACUAGGGCGGCCGGACUGAAGGAUGCUACGUCUCUAGAGUAGACCCGGAUGGAGUACUAGC